AUGACCAUAGAAAAUGACUGCAACAAAUUUAUCCAGAAGUGCCACAGGAGUCAGAUUCACGGAGACUUGAUGAAAGUCCCUCCAAUAGAACUAAAUGCUAUGACAUCACCUUGGCCAUUCAUCGCAUGGGGCAUGGAUGUCAUAGGACCAAUUGAGCCAGCUGCGUCGAACAAACAUCGAUUCAUCUUGGUCGCCAUAGACUACUUCACCAAGUGGGAGGAAGCAGCAUCUUAUUCAUCGAUGACAAAUAAAGUGGUCACAAACUUUGUGCGCAACAACAUCAUACGCCGAUUUGGCAUCCCAGAAUCAAUCAUAACAGACAACGGGGAUAACCUGAAUAGCCACUUGAUGAGAGACACGUGUGCGCAGUUUCAGAUCACUCACCGGAAUUCAACCGCAUAUCGACCACAAAUGAACGGGGCUAUAGAAGCCGCCAACAAAAACAUCAAGAAAAUCCUUCGAAAAAUGAUUGAUAACUACAAAGACUGGCAUGACCAGUUGCCUUAUGCAUUGCUGGGAUACCGCACUACUGCUAGGACUUUGACUAGAGCCACCCCAUACCUGUUGGUGUAUGGCCUUUGA